CGGGCCGGCGCGGCGAUGAUGAACAGGUUCCGAAAGUGGCUGUACAAACCCAAGAGGUCGGACCCACAGCUGCUCGCCCAGUUCUACUAUGCGGACGAGGAGCUGAACCAGGUGGCCGCCGAGCUGGACAGUCUGGACGGGCGGAAGGACCCGCAACGGUGCACGCUGCUCGUCAGCCAGUUUCGCUCCUGCCAGGUGAGCGGCGUGGGGCCGAGGGGCCUGUCGUGGGGGAACCCGAGGCCUUGUCACCUGCUGAGCACAUCUCAGGCUGGCCUGGCCGACGUGCUGGGCGCCCCCUGGUCCAGCCGCGCACCGGGCCUGGAGGACACUCGACCCCGAGCGGGACAGCGUGGGGGAAGAGAGCCAGGAGAGAACUGCAGGCUGCCCAGGGCACUCUUGCCGGGCAGAGGCCAGGAUGGAGCUCCCGAACAAGGCUCUGUGGAGCGAAUCAUCAACAGUCUUGUCGUGCUUUGGGCACUAGUGCUGUGUGGUAUUAGGGCCCUGGACUUCGGGUACCUGACCCAGGACAUGAUUGACGACUAUGAACCGGCCCUCAUGUUCACCAUCCCCAGGUUGGCCAUCGUGUGUGGCCUCGUGGUCUACGCGGACGGACCCCUGAACUUGGACCGCAAGGCAGAAGACAUGUCUGAGCUGUUCCGGCCCUUCCACACGUUGCUGCGGAAAAUAAGGGAUUUGCUGCAGACCCUGACCGAGGAGGAGCUUCACACGCUGGAAAGGAAUCUCUGCAUUUCCCAAGACGUGGAGUUUCCCAUCCGGGCAGACGCCCAGGCGCCCCCAGCCCUGGCGCCCGCCUUUCCCUCACCCCUCCCCGCCGAGGAAAUGCUCUCAGCCAAGGCCAAAAGCCAGGAGGGGGAGCUGGCCUGCUCCAUGCAGUAUGACGACCAGGAGCUAGAGCAACUCAACCGCAUGGUCCACAGGGCCGGGGACGAGAUGUCCUCCCUCCUCUCCCCGCCCAGCGCCUGCCAGUCCCCCGCGCACAGGCCGGGGGCGGAGGGCAGCCCCCGCGGGGAGGCCUCCCCAGGCAGCGCAGGGCUGCGGCCGCGCGGUGACGAGGAGGAAGGAAGGGUGUUCUUCAUGGAUGACGUGGAAGGGGCUGCAGAGGCCCCGGGAAGCCCGGCUGGGUGGGCGGGCAGCGCCAGUGCUGGCCCCCAGGAGAGAGGACAGGGCAGGGGGCGUGGGGAGGCAGGGGCCAGCAGGCCCGCCGAGGCAGAGGAGGGGGACCUGAGCACUAACAACAACGUCCAGGACGACAAGCUGUGGGCGCUGGGCCCCAACUCCUGCAGCUGCCUGGACUCCCAGCCACACCUGGAGGGCUGGGAGGCGGGGGUGGACGCCGCGGGGACGGCGGAGAUGAUCGCCCACCGGACAGGGGGCAUGAAGCUCUCGGCCACCGUCAUCUUCAAUCCCAAAUCGACCGCGGCCGUGGGCGUGGCCGGCACCGCCCCGGAAGCCUCUGGAGAGGGCAUCUCCCCGUCGGAGCCUGCGGCCGAGGGGAUGGACGGUGGCUCCCACAAACUCAGUGCUGCGGCCACCAGCUGUCUCCUGAACUCCUGCGUGUGCUGCGGGGGCUGUGGGGGCGGCAGGGAGGACGCCGCUGCCCAGAGUCUGCGGGACAAGUGCGGCCCGGGAAGCAUCAUCAGCGCCUCCUACAUGGGCUCCGCCAAGGCCGGCGCCAAGGGCCCUGCCGAGAGACAGGAGGAGGCCCGACCUGCGCCAGAGGCGUUGCCCACGGACGCCCCGUGCCCCCUGCCCCCAGAGGACGCCCCUACUUCCAACAAGUGCCUGACACACACCCCAGGUCCUCAGCUCGAUGCAGCAGACAGGUCACCUGGAGCGGGCGCCGCCGCCAGUCCGAAAAGGGAGCCUGAGGCUGGACCGCAGGAGGCAGGGCAGCCCUCGACGGCCAGGCUGGAAAGUCAGCAGGGAGAGGAGGCCGAGCAGGAGCCUCAGCGCCUGUCGGGCUCCAGUGGCCCCACGGCCGGUUCAGGUUCCUCAGACAAGGCCGGGCUGGAGACGGUCCCCUUGGCCACAAGAGAGAAGAUCCGGUCCAGGUUCCACGGCAGCCACGACCUGAUCCACCGCCUGUUUGUCUGCAUUUCAGGUGUGGCUGACCAGCUGCAGACCAACUAUGCCAGCGAUCUGAGAAGUAUUCUCAAGACCCUUUUUGAGGUCAUGGCCACCAAACCAGAAGCAGACGACAAGGAAAAGCUAAAGAAGGUCACCCAGAGCCUGCGGAGUGCAGCCUUAGAGGAUUGUGCCCUGUGCCAAGAGACCCUGUCAUCCUCUGAACUGGCAGCCAAGACCCGAGAUGGGGACUUGGAAGAUCCACCAGAGUGGGUCCCCGAUGAGGCUUGCGGCUUCUGCACGGCAUGCAAAGCACCCUUCACUGUUAUCCGCCGGAAGCACCACUGCCGAAGCUGCGGGAAGAUCUUCUGCUCCCGCUGCUCCUCGCACUCGGCCCCGCUGCCCCGCUACGGGCAGGUGAAGCCCGUGCGCGUGUGCACGCACUGCUACAUGUUCCACGUCACACCCUUCUACAGCGACAAGGCGGGCAUCUGACAGGGCGCCGGCACUCCCCAAACCUGCCAGGGCCCCAGAGGACUCCCGGGGGCGGUGCUGCUGGCUGCAGGAGGGUCUCCACUGCAUUUCACUGAGCGGCCGCCACCACUGCAGGAGGCUGCGGGCCGCCCAGGCUUCCAGAACGUCCAGCUCCUCCGUCCCUCCUACCCUGGACUCCCCACCUGUGGGGACCCCCGGCCAGCUGCAGGGGCCAACGGGAGGUCAGCUUCAGGCAGUGGGGAUACCCAGGGCUGCCAGGUGGCUGCCUGGGCAGGGGUGGGCUUUCCUCCCACCUGCCCCCUGCCCCUGCCCCUGCCCCUGCCCUCUGCCCCCCGGCCCCUGUCCCCUGCCCUCUGCCCCCGGCCCCUGGCCUGCUGAGCUGCUCAGCCAUACUAGAAGGCCUACUCAGAGCCGGCUCUUGACCAGCCAAGUGGGACUGCCCCUGGGCUGAUGGUGGACAGGUCCAGGAGAAGGGCAGGCCUCGGCGUCCCCACAGGGCUUUCCCAUGCACUGCCCGUUCUCUGUCCCUGCCCCGAGCCCGCAGCUGCCAUCUCAUUCUCCAGCGCUGCCCCACCCUUGGCCAAACAGCAGGCAUCUUGUGUAUUCUCGGAGGGGGAGAUUCAGACACACGGCCAGGUCCUCUGGGCCGCAGGCGUGCCCCUGCCGGUGUGUGCCCGGCUGCUGACGAGAUGGGGGGCCGGGCAGCUGCCUGCACAGCACUGAGACCCAGUUCCCCAGGUUCUUAGGCCAGGGCCCCCGGGGUCCGAGGACCACCAGAUGUCACCCACCUGCUGCCACUACCCCCUUCCCUCUGACCCCCUCCCCCCAGGGACCCUGGCCCACCUCCUCAGACCCCAGAGUGGCCCGGCACCCAGGCGGAGGCCGCCAGGGGGCCCCAGCACGGACACCUCAGGCUUAAAUCUCAGGCUUCACAUUGCAGUGAGGGUUGCAGCUUUAUUUUUAGAGAGACGCUAACUACUGCUUCUUUUAUAAGAAAAUCCAACUACUGCUGAACAGUGGGUACACAUGCACAGAAAUGGCUUCGGGGGGGGGAGUAUAUAAUGGAGGGGAUAUUAUGUAUUGAGAUUAUUUUUAUUUUCUAAAUGCUGUAAUUCGAAGCCAUUUCCAUACAUCUAUUUAAGGAUUGCAGACACUUGU